AUGUGUCUUAAUCUUGAUCAGUAUUCAAGUUCAUUAUAUAAAGAUCAUAAAUAUUAUUUCAGCACUGUGUACUUUAACUCUGGUUCUCAUAGAGAAAUUAACCAGAAAGUUAGAGCACUACAUGUCAAGUUUGGACAUAGUCCUCAUAUUAGGUAUAGCCUUUAUAUUGGACUUACAAAUGAUGAUAAAUGUGUAACAGUUUCGACUACAUC